CACUCUCACACAGAGAGAGAGAGAGACUCACGCGCUCUGAAACUUUUCCCUGUCAUGAGCUGAGAGUGUGUGCAUGUGUGUAUCAGUGUGUGUAUUAGUGAAUUAGUGUGUGUGUGCGCGCGCGAGACAGAGUCACAGGGAGUGUGAUUAGCUGUACCCCGGAUUUUGGAGUUCUCGUGACUUUUUGGAUAAGUGGAGCCAUGCGGCGCGCGCUGGAGUGUGUGCGCGCGGUGUGUGUGUGGUGCUGCGUGCUGGUUCUGAGCCACGGAUACAACCUGGACACGCGCAGCGCGGAGCGGUUCGGGGGUCCCGCGGGGUCCAUGUUCGGAUACUCGGUUCUGCUCCACAAGAACCAGCAGAGCACAUGGCUGAUUGCUGGAGCUCCAACUGAUGACUCCAAGUUUUACCCUGAUGUUAAAAAACCAGGAGCCGUUUAUAAAUGCAACAUUUCCAACAAGAAGUGUGAUCAGCUCCGAGCCGGUGUGGACUGGUGUGGGAAAACCUGUAAGGCGGAGAGUGAUAACCAGUGGCUGGGGGUCAGUCUGUCCAGAAGAUCCUCCAGUGGUGAAAUACUGGCCUGUGGUCAUCGCUGGAAGAACAUCUUCUUCUCCAGUAAAGACAAUCAGAACAAGCUGCCGCAUGGCGUCUGCUUCAAAUUCAGCUCCACCUUCAGCCGCACCCGACACUACAUCCCCUGCUAUAGAGAUCAUCAGAGGAAGUUUGGUGAAGACUAUGGAUCCUGCCAGGCUGGAAUUUCAAACUUCCUGACUGAUGAUCUGGUGAUAAUGGGUGCUCCUGGUAGUUCAUACUGGACUGGAUCUGUACUGGUCUACAACACUUCCAGCAACAUGUCUGCAGCUUAUGUGGAUGAUGAGAGCGCCGUGCUGUAUGGAAGCUAUCUCGGUUACUCAGUGGGCGCUGGACACUUCCUCACCCCACACAGCACUGAGAUAGUGGGCGGUGCCCCCCAACACGGGCAGAUUGGUAAAGCGUAUAUAUUCCAGAUUAGAGGAAACACCUUGCAGAUUGUGAAUGAAACCAGUGGUACUCAGCUGGGUUCGUAUUACGGUGCGAGUGUGUGUGUGGUGGAUCUGAACGCUGAUGGUCUUUCCGAUCUGCUGGUCGGAGCUCCGAUGUUCAGCACAGUGCGGGAGGAGGGCCGGGUCCACGUUUACAUCAACCAGGGCCGGGCCAACAUGAAGGAGGCGGGGUUUAAGCUGGUAGGAAGUGAUUCGUACGCGGCUCGCUUCGGAGAGACCAUCACUGACCUCGGUGAUAUCGACAACGAUGGCUAUCCAGACGUGGCGAUCGGAGCUCCUCAGGAGGAGGAACUGCGAGGAGCUGUUUACAUCUAUAACGGGAGGAAGAGCGGGAUCUCGUCCAGCUUCUCUCAGAGGAUCACAGGCUCUGUAUCAGGAUACGCUCUCAGCAUGUUCGGCCAAUCAGUGUCUGGAGGCAUCGAUGUUGACGGCAACGGUUACCCAGAUGUUGCAGUGGGAGCGUUCCUGUCUGAUGCUGCUGUGGUGCUCCGGACUCGUCCGGUGGUGAUGGUGGAGGCGUCUCUGGUGCUGCCGGUCAGUGUGAACCGCUCGGUGUCUCUCUGCUCUGAUAACGGUGUCCCCGCCGUGUGUCUGGACGUCCAGGUCUGCUUCGUGGUCCAGGGCAAACGCAUACCGGGACAAAUCGAAUUAAAGUAUAACGUCACCGCAGACGUUCUCCACCAGACCUCCCCUCGCUUCUACUUCCACGGAAAUGGAACGUCUAACGUCACCGCGGGUCGUGUGAAGGCCAAACACGGAGAACUCACCUGUACCAAACAUCAGGCCUUCAUGAGGAGAGAUGUUCGUGAUAUCUUCACUCUGAUCCAGUUCGAGGUUCAGUAUGAGCUGGGGGAGCACAGUGUGUUUCGGGGGGGAACCUCCAGAACCUUCAGCUCACUGCAGCCCAUCCUGCAGCAGAGAGAGGGACACACCAACCUCGUCUCCAACCAGACUCAGUUUGCCAGAUACUGCGCCUGGGAAAACUGCUCCACUAACCUGCAGGUUUCUGCACGGCUGGUUUUGCCGCAGAACAUGUCGUAUUUUGCUCUCGGAAACGGGAAGACCAUCCUGCUGAACGCGACACUGAUCAACGCUGGAGAUGACGCUUUCCUGCCUAAACUCCACCUCCGAUACCCCAGCAACCUGCACUUCAUCAGAGUACUGGACGCUGAGGAGAAAUACGUGAGCUGUGAAGUCGUGGAGGAGAAUAAGACAGCGAUUGGUCUGGACUGCAGUGUGGCCAACCUCUACAUCCCCUCUCUAACAAAGAUCAACAUCAGCUUCUUAAUGGAUGUGAUCCAGAACAGCAGUGCUGGAGAUAUUAGCAUUAGCAUCAAUGCUACAAGAGAGAACUAUGAGAACCUGGACCUUUUACACGACAACGUGGCGUAUCUGACCCUGCUUCUGAGAUACGGAGUGGACCUCAACAUGCACGGAUUUGUGUCUCCGACGUCUUUCAUAUUUGGGGAAUAUGAGCCGGUUCCAGUCGACUGCUACAGCGAGAGAUUUAACUACACGUUUAAGGUGAUGAACGUUGGUCCCAGUAAAGCUCUGAACACCAAAGUAGAAAUUGACAUUCCUCAGGUUUUGACUCCGUAUCCGGACAGGUUAAUCCGGAUUACAGAUUUACAGACGACUGUAGGCCACUGCCGUCCGAAGAACAGCAGUCUGUGGCUGGAGGAUGACUGUGAUGUGAGGAAGGCUUCGUUUAUUCAGGAGCUCGUCUUCUUCUUCUCCAAAAGCAGCAAGCGUGUGAUGUUUUGUGCUCAGGUGGACGGAGCCUGCAUGGUCUUGGAGUGUAACUUUGGAAAUUUGGACCCUGGUAAAGAGGUCACCAUCAACCUGGAGGUGGAGCUGAACCCUGCAGUCCUCCAGAUCAGCCCUGGGAGACAUGCUUUAAUGGAGAUGAACAGCAUCAUCUCCGUCACGUCGCCCGUAAACGAUGCCAACACCAUCAUGCUGAAGGACGAUAACAGCGCUCUGGUAACCUUGAAUGCGUACUACAACCAUAAGCCACACCCACUCGUGGGCAUUUCUAUCAUCGUGUUCAGUCUUAUCCUCGGCCUCAUUAUUCUGGGCAUGCUGGUCAUUUGCCUAUGGAAGGCUGGUUUCUUUAAGCGACGGAUGAAGGAGCAUCAGGAGAAGUUCAGGAGGGACAGCUGGGAUUACGUCCCCAAGUGUGAGAGCGUGUCGUAAACACGGGAUUCUGCGAGUUUUUAAAGGAUUAAAAGGAAUAAAAAUAAAAACGCGAGCUGGACUUCGUAUGGAAAUUAGGACCACAGCCUGGGAGCUGAUUGGCUGACAGACUUACGAACUGUUCCAGAAGCAGAAGCUCAGGACGUCUCUGUGUUACGGAUCUACGCUGGACCUGAGUCACGUUUCCUUCAGGACUGAUUGCACUUUUACUGUGGUUUAUAGGGUGAAUUUAUAGUGUGUAUACGUGAGUGUGUGUGUGUGUGUGAGAGUGUGUGUGUGUGUGUGUGUGUAUGAGAGAAAAGUACCGUACUGUACCCACAUCAAUGAGCACACACACACCUGCAUUCAGAGAGCCCGCUACAUGAUAUAUAAUCAUAAUUCAACUUUUUACCCCCUAUUUUUAUACGUCAUUAAAAUUACUGUGCUUUAAAACAAGAUUAAUAUAUAAUAUAUACACUAUAUGGACAAUAGUAUUGGGACACCUGCUAAUUCUACUUUUUUAAGGGUAUUAAAAAAAGUUUAUUCUAAACGAUAUUGGAAAAAAAAUAGAAAAAAAAUUGAUAUUUUGAUGUUCUGUGAUAGGUAGAGUCUCCUGGAAUUCAGGCUUUCAGUUAACAGCUGUGCUGAACUCAUCAAGAGUUAAUUACUUGAAUUUCUUGUCUCUUAAUAAAGUGUUUGAGAGCAUCAGUUAAAGUAAAGUAGUGAAGAGGUAGAGUUACAGGUAUACAGUGAAUAGUGAAUAUUAGAGUAAUGUUCGAAUCCAGAUUAUUAACUAAAUAAAGAAUAAAAAAAUGACUUUAAGAAGAAAUGAAGGUCAGUCAAUCCAAAAAAAAAACAAUUUCAGGAACUUUGAAAGUGUUCCCAAGUGCAGUCACCAAAAAAGACCAUUAAAAACGCUAUGAUGGUGAAACUGGCACUCAUCAGGAACGCACCAGGAAAGGAAGAUCGAGAGUAUUUUUGUUUAACACUUUUAAGUUACUACAUAAUUCCUAUGUGUUUCCUCAUAGUCUGAAUCACUUUACUAUCAGAAGGUGUGUCUAAACUUUUGACUGGUACUGUAAAAAAUAUAUAUAUAAAUAUAUAUAUAUAUAUAAAAGGGUGUCCACAAACAUGUUGUACAUGUAGUGUAUGUACACGACUCUGUAUUGGAUGUGCCUUAUUCACAAAAACCAGCGCUGACUGAAACACUCUUUAUAACUUCAGCAGGAGUGGGCGGGGCUAAACUGCUGUAGGCUGAAUGUGAGGAUUAUGUGUAGGUGGGAUGUUUUUCAGGAGAGGCUGUUUUUUAUUUUUUAUUUAAUUGAUUUUUAAAUCCUGCUUAAGAAAAUCUAUUUAAAAGAUAAUUUCUGCUUUUUAAAUUCUGAACAAAAAACACCAACACCUCCCUGUUCUUCCGCUUGCUUUUCCACUUGGAUAUGUGAGUAUACUCCACUUUAAAAUACUUUUAUCUAUACUAAAUAUUACAUACUCAAAAGUGUGUAGUUAGUAUUAGGAAUUAGUCUUGGUGCAGCCUUGUUUUCUCUUUGUCUCUCUCUCUCUCUUUCUGUAGUUUAAUGGUUGAGAGUAGAUGGUGUGUGUGAGAGGACAGCAGAUGGAAGGAGUGUGUGUGUGUGUGUGUGUGUGUGUGUGUGUGUGUGUGUGUGGGUGUGUGUGUUGGCUGGCUGCCGUGAAAACGUGAAAAGAGUGAAUGCUGCUGUGCUGCAGACGAAUGACAAGACUGACGCGUGCCUGGCACACAGCCAGCGUGUGUGUGUGUGUGUGUGUGUGUGUGAUGUAGAACACACACACACACACACACACACACAUCUACACACUUACAUGUACACACACGCACACACACACACAUCAAUUGGUAGUUAUGAAGUGAUCUAUCAUAAAGUGUGUGUGUGAAAGUGAAACCGCCGUUGUUCACCUGACCCAUGUCACAUUAUUGUGUGUGUGUGUGUGUGUGUGUGUGCACACAACUACUGAGGCCACGUCCACACAAACACACUUUGGCCCCUGUUUUUGUUUGAUUUAGGGCGUGUCAGUGUGUCUUUGCUAUCGUAACGACGGGAAAAGUACAGCUUGCGAGGCUCAAAACAAAGCGCAAAAGUCAUGUACUAAUUCUCUAUUUAAUUAAUCAUGGGUGUGGUUAAUUUUGGGCGUCACGUAAAAUAAACCAAUCAGAUUGUAUCUUGCUCAUCAUUCCCUUUAAGAGUCAGGUGAGCUCUGAACAUCAAUUCCACUAGAAGUAUCCGCAAGCAUCUCCCUGUAGUAUAAAUUCGCCUGAUUUGACAAUUUACUGCCAAGAUAGCGAUGAACGUCUGAUUGCUGGUGUCUGUCUAGGUUGUAUUCAGUCAGUGGAGCUCCUGUGUUUUCUGUUACCAAGAUAAACAAGCAAAACUCCAGAAAUGUACCUGAACACACCUCAUUUCCAGAACACCACGCCCAUCAGUGUAGAUAUAUUCAGAAGCUCUGCUGCUGUUUAAACAAGCAGUGAAAAUAGGCUGUUGUUUGGGGGUGUAAGAUAGCAAUGAGCAUCACAAUUUGCCUUGUGCAGAAUGUAAGAAAGGCACUGAUCAGCAUCCAGACAAUAGAGUAUAUAUAAGUGUGGACAGUACAUUCUCAUUAUAAAGCCAGAUCAUGUGACCUUAAUAUGGGUGGAGCUUGCAUACUUUACAAAAGAAAACUGGCAAAAAAAUGCUGAAUGUGUAAUUUUAAAUCAAAGUUUUAUGUUUUCUUCACAUCAAAAUAUGCAGGGUUAAAAGCUGUACUGCAACCAGCCACCAGGGGGCGUAAGAAAAACGUUAGAUUCACUUCCCAACCACUCGACUGUUUUUAAUCUAAACUCUAUAAUUCAGAAUAUAAUUUUCAGAAGAUUAUUAAAGCUCAUGGAGAACCUUGAGAUCUUGGUUCCUCCCAGAUCUUUAGUUUUUUGUUUAAUUUCGAAACAUUUUAUAUUGUGGGCGUGGCCUGAACAGGCGUUCUCUCCCUGUAUAAAGGUGCUCACUGUCUGUCUGUCUGUCUGUCUGCAGUAUUUUAUUCCACAGGUGUGAAAGGUGUAAAUACACGAGUGAUAUUCUAUUUCUAUUAAAUGAAAUCAAUUUAAAAAAUAUAAAAUAAAAGCCGUGCUGUUCAGGGAGUCACACAAAAGAAGCACAUUCCACUGUUUUAUACUGAAAUCACUAUUUUUAAUAAAUGAAUGAUUGUAAUGUUGUAAAGGACAGUGUUUGUGUGCUUUGGUAUAAUUUAACAUGUUAUGCACUGGAAUGUAAUGAUGUCGUGUCUUCGUGCUUUAUUAUAAAUUACUGUUUUUAUUUUUA